AUGCAGGACGGUGCUCCUUGUCACCGUGCUAGAGUGGCUAAGAGAUGGCUUUGUGACAACUUUAUCUCUGUUUUAGAGUGGCCGCCGUAUUCGCCUGAUCUCAACCCUAUCGAAAACUUGUGGGGUACCUUGGUUAGAAGUGUUUAUGCGCAUCAGAGGCAGUUUAAAAACGUGGAUUCUCUGUCAGAAUGUAUUCGAGAUGCCUGGGAUGAGAUCAACAAUGAGACACUGAAUGCGUUGGUGAAAUCUAUGCAGAAAAGGUGUGUAGAGUUCGUGCUUGCCAAGAGAAAGAAGAUAGACUACUGA